AUGGCGCACCUUCUCACGACGCCUCGCACAGAGGUUGGCGACAUGACGCGCUUCACCACCAACGAUCCCUCCUUCAGCAUAGAAGAGACAUUUAUUGCGCCGACAGACCGCGACAAUCUGUUCAAGCAGAUGAAUGGCGUACGAACACCCCGAAACAACGUUGCAGCCCGACGCAACCGGAACGCGAAGAAUGAGUUCACGCCCAUGUUGAAGAGCGCAACCACCAACCGGACGCGCCAGGUCAACGGCUUACUAGAUGGAAAACUCACAACGCCCGCCGCGAUGAAACCAGGCUUUCAAGUCAGCAAUACGCCUCUGCCCGAGGCGAGCAUAUAUGAUGUAGAAUCCAGCUCGUUUGCCGGCUCAGUAGGUGAUCAGACAGAGGUGCCAAACCUCAGUGCGAGUGAUAUGAGCACGCCCAUGGCCCUGCCGAGACGAGCCGAGGGUGAAAUGGAUGGUGGCAAUGGCAAUGUGCUCACUCUGAGAGAGCAGGAGGCCCGUCUGGAGCAAAUCGACAAGGAAAAUUUCGGCCUGAAGCUUAAGAUCCACUUCCUCGAAGAGAACCUCAAGAAAAUGGGCCCCGAGUUCAACCAAAAAGCCAUGGAAGAGAACAUCAACCUCAAGUCGGAAAAGGUCACCAUGACGCAAGACCUGAGGAAAUACACAAAGGAUCUCAAAGCGGCCGAGAAGGAGUUGGACGAAUACAAGCAACGAUUGAGCGAAUACGCGGAGAAAGUCAAGAGGCGACAUGCUGACGAGGGUAUACGCGAGGAGAUGGAGGAACUCCGCAGACUGGCUGAGGAGCGUGCAGCUGAGAUUGAGCGCCUUGAGGGGAAAGUUGAAGAUGCGAAGUCUGCGGAGGAGGAACUGGAUAAGCUCGAUGCCGAGUUAGAGAGCGCACAGGCAGAGCUCAAGAGGAGGGACGCAUUACUAGAUGAGCAGGAGGAACAAAUCAAUAAGUUGGAGAACAAGCUAGCACAAGCGCAAGAUUCUCAGGCCGCUGGCAACGGGGAGAAGGACCGGCAACUCAAAGACCAGGCCAAGCGAAUCGCGGAAUUGGAAGAGCAGCUGCAAUCGUUCAAAGAUUCCCAGCAUGACGACUUGGCUGAUAAAGCCCGCCACUUGGCUGAGCGUAGCGAGAAAAUUGAGGAUCUUGAGGAUCAGCUUCGCUCAGUUGAGCGCGAGAAAGAUACUGAGAUCGACAAACUGCAAACUAAGUUUGCUUCGGCUGCAGAUAGCAAGGACGCACAAAUCCGAGAGCUGGAACAGCAACUUGACGAGGUAGAGCGCGAACUUGAUGAGGCAGACGAGCAGAAGCGACAGGAGCUUGCGGUCCUCGAGGAUCGACUUCGAUCUAUGGAGCGCGAAAAGGACGCUGAGUUUAGGGAGCUUCAGAGGCGCCUACAGACUGCUCAAAACGAGAAAGAUGCGGAGAUGGAUGCGUUGCGCGAACGCUUGGAACUCGCAGAGUCUCAGGGCGACAAUCAGGUCCAAUUAGCACAACAAUCCGCCAACGAUGCGAGGCAAAAGGUCGUUGACAUCACCCGCGAGAAGGGGGUUGAGAUUGAGCUCCUACAAUCACGAGUCGAUGCCGCCGAAACCAAGGCCGACGAACUGGAAGAUUUCCGCAGACAGCAUCAAGAUGCUAUGCAACAGAUUGCGCGCCUGCAACGAGAUGCGUCGGCUUAUGAACAGCAACUGCAGCAGCUCCGACGCGAUCUCAAUCAAAAGGAUCGCGAGCUGGAAGGCGUUGAAAGAUUACGCCGCGAACGCGACGAUGUCACGCAGGAGCUUACUGGGCUCCGUACAACGCUAUACACCAAAGAUGCUCAAGUACAAGCGCUCAACACUGCCACACGCGAACGGGACGCCUUAUCACGUGAACUUACGACUCUUCGCCGCGAGCGUGACAACCUCGUUUCUAAGAUGACGAGCAAGGACGAGCAAGUUGAGGCAUUGCGGAAAGGCAACAAUGACCGCGAUACUCUGGUUGCAAACCUUCGACAAGAGCGUAAUGAGAUCGAGAGUGAGAUGCGCAGCCUGCGGACGGCAGUGUCCGGCAAAGAUACACAGAUCGAGGCGCUUCAAAAGAUCACACGCGAACGAGACGCGCUCUCGCGAGAUGUUUCAACCCUGCAGUCAUCGUUGCAAACGCGUGAGCGUGACAUAGCUAAUUUGCAAAAGAAGAUUGAGGUACAAGAAGCGACACUCACGGAGCUUAAGCAGCUCAGGAGUGACCUCGGUGAUUGCACACGAGAGCUGGAGACGGCACGACAGACGAUAGUAGAUCGCGAAGCUGAGCUCGAUGCUCUGCGAGAUCAUGCCGAUGAACCCGACACACAGAUCGAUAUCAUGCAGGAUCUUAUUCGUAAGCGAGAUGAUGAGCUGGAGAAUCUGCGCGAUGAGUUGAACAACCAGAGGAGUCAAGUUGAAGCUCUCCAAAGACUAGCAGAAGAACGUCUGGAAGCACUUGAAGAGCUCAAGGAGACCGCCCAUCAAGAGAAGGACGACUUGGAAGCAGAAAUAGAAGUUCUGCAGGACGAUGCCGAGGAGGCUGCCGAAGAGAAGGCGUCUCUAGAAGAGAAAAUCGCCCUUCUUGAAUCCAUGAUCCGAGAGAAGGAAAAUCAGAACGGUGCUCUGCAAUCAGAGUCUCGUGCAGCCCAACGCGAACAAAAGGCAGCGCUUGAAAACAAGAUCCACGACCUAGAAUCACACAUCCGCGACAAGGACUCACAACACCGCAAACAGCUAUCCGAAGCCAAGUCAGCAGCGCGCGAUAAGCAGAUGGCUCUCGACCGUCAACUACGCGACCUGCAAUCCGAGCUUCGGGAGAAGGAAUCGCAGUACCGCCUUCUCCAAGCCUCAUCCAAAGCGAUACAGCAAAAGGCUAAACAAGACUCGGACGAUCUGGAUGAGCAGGCCGAAACCAUCACGAAACUCCACAUCAAGGAGAUUAACGGUCUAGCCAAGCAAAUCCAAUAUCUCCGCGCACGCUGCUCGCGAGCAGAAGCAUUCCGCGAAGCACUCGGAUACCAAAAACAAUUCUUCCUCAUGCAGAUCCAAAACUACAAUGAAGCCAAUCAAAAUGAACUCCACCUCAUCUCGCAAAUGGGCAUCACUCCCGACAUCACUGUGCACGACCGUCGGCCCAAAUUUAAAUCCGCGAUCCUGACCGUCAUCGCGGCAAUCAGGAUGCAAAGGCUCGCUGAUGGGUGGGCGCAGAACCGCAAGAUUCAUGAACAGCUUGUGGCUAAGCUGCAGGGUAUGCGUAGGAGGGAUGGAAGGAGUAUGGCGGGUGUGCCUACAAGUACGAGGAAGAGUGGAGGCGGCUCGCAGUUGAGGAUUGCGAGGUAG